CAGUCAAUUCGUAACAUGUUUAAUCCAGAAGUAAUAUGCAAAUGUUGUAAGAAUGUAAUGCCUGUUCAGGAUAUGGAGAUCAGAAAACAAGAAUUCAUAAAAGCUUCGCCUGAAAUGACAUUACAUUUAAAAGAGAGGCAUGGAGUUGACUAUGAUAACUGGAUGUCACUUAAAUCAUGGCUAGUAAAUCAUGCAGGCGAUUAUUGUAAAGUCCCGAAAUUAGGAGUGAUAUAUAAAUGUAAGAAAUGUGAGAUUCCAUUCAAAAACGGAAUCAUGUUCGUAAAGCAUUUGUUCGACAAACAUCGCUGUGACGGGAAACUUGACAAAUUUCCUUGGAUUAACAUACCAAACGAAUUACGUUCUUUAUAUUCUACUGUCAGAGAGGAUACUACAUUAAGCAGCGAUAUUGCUGAUCGUUCAGGUUCCAGCAGUCAAGGUAGGUCAGGGGUUUCCUCGGAGUCAACUCAGUUUUCAAGGAAACGCAAAGAAGAAGUCUUGAAGAAAAUGUCAGAGACGUUAGAAGAAGUCGUGAAGAAGAUGUCAGAGAUGCCCGAGAUUAGCACUCAGAUAGAGGAACCUUUAUAUAAACGCAGAAAAUACAGUUCCACGGACAAUUCAGACUGAGGAAAAAUGAUUAGUGAUACUGCUGCAACAAGCAACAUUAAUUCAACUGUCAAUUUCGACCUCUAGUUCAGAAUCGUGUAACCAAUAUUUAAAUGAAGACACAGGCAAAGAAUUUCUUAUCGAUAUGAUUGCAGAUCAUUUUAAUGAAAACACCGAAACAGUUCUUAUUA